GUCUUUCAAACCAGUGAGUGGCGCUAGAUGUCAGCGAAGGAUAAAUCGCCAAGACGAAGAAGUAGGAGGACGAGGACAAACAGGAAAGACCACCCACUAUUCCCUGGGACCACCACGAGUAAACAUUGAACAGAAUUUUACGUACACAGUCAGUGUGUGUGUGUAUGAUUAAUUCUUAAUCUAUAAAUCUCCAUUGGUGACUGACGGCAGGAUAGCGGCCAAUUGUAGGGUAGCAACAUGAGUCGGGCAGAGUUGAAGCUGAUACAAAAGAACCUCAAACUGGGGUUGUACACGACGAAAGCGAAGCAAGGCAGGUCUGAGGUAUGGGAAAGUUUCUCCGUUGUUUGUGACGGGAGUGGAGACGAACUGGAGUUCGUUCAAUGUAACUCGUGCCCUAAAAUACUCGUGUACAACGGACACAAGUCCGGUACCUCUGCCUUGUGGCGACACAUGGCCACGGAUCACAAUAUAGAAAAGGUUCGCGGAUUGGGCUCGAACUUGGAGGAACCGGACGAACCGGAGGAGGGGGUAGACGACGCGGUAUACGAGAGACAAGUUGCGGAGCAAGCAUUGGCUGAGGCUGUGCGGGCUGAUGUUCAAUGCGAGAUUAAAGACAUUUCCCACUUUGUCAGUGAAAGCCAUAAACAAACCUGCAGUGACCUUGAGAAGGCCAGUCAAUUCAUCACCGAAGCAUUGCAGAGGGAGCUCCGGCGAAACAUGGGACUGCGCAAGUUAAUCCACCGUCUGGAAGAGCGGGUGGCUGGUGGGAAUGGAAGGAGCACACGGACAUCAGAACAGACAACAGAGACAAACUGGCAGCUGAAGUUCCAGGUGGAGGAACUACAGACACGCCUGAAGGACAAAGACAACUCGCUAACACAAGCCAAACAGAAUAUUGCUGUCCUGAAGAAUGAUCUGAGGGACCUGAAACGGCAGCUGCAGAGCCCCCAGAAAAGUCAAAGGACGAUUCCGAAAGUGACUGAGUGUCAGCUGGAUGAGGAGAGCCUGAGCAAUAUUGUGGUGGGAGAGAUCCGCGGGGUCCAGCAGAAUGUUCUUGUUGCAGUUAAAGAGGAAGCUGCUGAAGAUGGAUAUCCAUGUAGUCAGUCAGAUGAGACUGACCUCCCCACAGAGCAGAAUUCCUCCUCAGUUGCAGACAUUAAAGCUGAACUUGAUCAGGAGGAAGAUGAAAUGUCAGACAUGGUCCCAGUCAUCAGUUCUGUGAUGAGCCAAUCCCCUGCAGAUCCAUUGAAGGCCUUGAGAUUGUCGGUGCAAGUGGUCGAGCUCUGCUCAACAGAAGGUCAGCAGGGAACGAGCAGCAAGAACCAUGAAUGUGGAGAAACGCCUGUUGCUGGGGUAGCAGAAAAAGGACCAGAAGUGCAAAUCCCCAAACCCACAGCUGUCUCAGAGACAGCGGUGGUGGACAACAAUGGGAGGCCAUACAAGUGUUCUCAUGGUGGCGAAGGUUCCCCAGAAAAGGCAUCUCAGAGAGAGCACACACGAGACGUUCACACAGAAGACGAGUCGGAACCGGAACAAGUCCAGGAGCAGCAGCAGCAGCAGCAGCUCUCAGGAAGGAGGACCUCCCUCCGCAAGAAUCGUGGCCGACGUGUCACGACGAGCGCUAACGCUGAUGCCGCACACAAGCACACUGACGCGGGGGAGAAGCGCCACCAAUGUCCAGAUUGCGGCAAGGCUUUCCAAUAUGUGGGAGGUCUCACAGCGCACCGGCGCGUCCACACAGGGGAGAGGCCGUACGCCUGUGCACAGUGUGGGAAGAGUUUCACGCAGGUGGGAAACCUCAGGAAUCAUCAGCUCAUCCACACGGGAGAGAAACCGCACCAGUGCACAAUAUGUGGCAAACGUUUUAGACAAUUGGGGGGACUGAGAGUGCACCUUCUCACGCACACAGCAGACCCGCGCAAACGCCCGUCCAAACGCUGUAAGAAGUGCGGCAAAGCCUGUCUGAAUGCACAACAUCUCGCUGCACACAUGCGCAUUCACACGGGAGAAAAGCCCUUCGAGUGUGGAAAAUGCGGGGAAAGUUUCAGACACUUAGGGUCUGCCACACGCCACCAACAAAUGUGUGGUGCCCUGAAGUAGCCUGGCGAUCCAGAACGACACUCGAAAAUAUGGAGUUUCCCGUCGUUGUAGGGAAUAUCUGGUGCUACACGUGAAAAUGCUGGGCUGUGCCCUGACCAAAACCAUCCCUACCCUUAAGCUAUCAGUAAAGCAACGGUUCUGCUGCUUUACUUUUUCCAAGAACAGCGAAACAAGCAAGGAAAAUGGAGAAAUUGUGCCCAGACCAAAACCACGCCUAACCAUAACCAAGACAUUGUAGAACACGAGUUAACAUGCAAAGUCGUACUACACACACAUAAUAGACUGUUCAAGUCUGGGUGCUAUCUUAACGCUUUGGAUGAUGCCUUUUUGGUUUUCAAAUAGGUCUAGGCAGCGGCUCUCGUUAGAGACACAGAACCAUUACAUACAAGCAAAGAUGUGUGUUCUAAUCUACACCUACUUCCUGGAACUAUGGGCAGGUUCCAAUAUGCAACCUUGCGUCCUCCACUUGUGCUUGUGGCCUCAUACCUGGAAGUAGUACGUCGUGAUGACAUCACAACAGCAUUAUAUUUUAAUAUCUCGCAAAAGCUUAAGUGUUAAAGUCAUUUUCUCAUUUGCAAACUGGAUGGUGAUAGAAGAAUAGUCCCGCAAAAAAUUGUUUUGGCUAGGCUGACAGAGGAGAAACUUAACUGUUUUCUCCACGGAGGCGGGGCAUCAGCAAAAACGUGAGGCCACAAGCACAAGUGGAGGACGCAAGGUCGCAUUUUGGAAUGCACACUAUGUUAAUGGCGAUCUGAUGAACUGCCAUUGCUUAUUAAAAAAUGGAGCAUUACAUGUGCG